AUGUUGAGUACUGCAGAAGAAAGUACCUUCGGGUACCACGGUCUCGAUAUCAACGGGCCGCCUGAAGUUGACAUCGUCAAGGGCCUGAUCAAGGACUUCCUCGAAGCCGCGCGCUUUGACCGGAAUACCCCGUCUUCGAAGGACACGGAACUCGAAGCGGCCGUCUGGAAAUACUUCAAAAGCCUGAACCUAGGCCAGAAGCUCGAAGCCGCCGUCCAGAAGGUGCUCAAGCUCUCCACCACCCUCACGCACCAGGCCUACACUUCCCUCGCCUUCGAGAACCAGGUCCUCUGCGCCGUCCAGUUCCUGUACAUGUUCCUCGUGGACGACGCAGCGCCGCUGUUCCUGAACGAGCUGCGGUGCUUCUGCCAGAACUUCACCCUGAACAACGACCACCACCACCCCCUCCUCCGCCACUUCGACGCGCACCUGCGCUACCUGGCCCGCUACUACGGCCCCUACUGCCACUCGACCAUCGUCAAAUCCCUCUUCGACUACGUCAACGGCCGCAUCAUCGAGCACGACAUGGAGCAGGCGAACUUCCAAUUCUCGCCCACCACCCGCCUGAUGCCCAUGUUCCUGCGCACGAAGGUCGGCGCCGCGGAGAUCCUGGUCUCGCUGCUCUGGCCGCAGCAGCAGUACCCGGAGGAAGCGUACCUGAUCCGGUACUUUCCCGCGGUGCAGGAGCUGGUCCUGUUUACGGAUUUCACGAACGACAUCCUCUCGUACUACAAGGAGUUUGUCGUCCACCAGGAGAAGGGCAAUUUUGUGGCGAACUUCGCCGAGGCGCAUGGGAUGUCCCAUUUGGAGGUGCUCCGCCGGUUGGUGGAUUAUGCUCCGCGGGUGAUCGGCAAUGUGUACGAGAUAUUCGCGGGCAAGGAGGAGCUGGUGCAGCCGGUGCGGGACUAUGUGAAUGGCUGGAUUAUGCUGUGCACGGCCCAGCGACGGUAUCACUUGGUGGAGUUGUUUGGGGACGAGGGGUUUCUUCCGCCCUAUGCUGAUGAGUCCUGA